CUCCUCCCGCCUCUCCCCGAGACUAUCCCCUUCCGCCCCUUUUCUAUGUCGCAAAGAUUGUGUAGAAAGGCUGGUCCAGCGGCGGAAGAGUCUGGCGCUGACCUGAGAGGGAGGGCUCGGUGUGGAAGAGAUGAAUCGGACAAAGGGUGAUGAGGAGGAGUAUUGGAAUAGCUCCAAGUUCAAGGCUUUCACCUUUGAUGAUGAAGAUGAUGAGCUCUCACAGUUGAAGGAAUCCAAGCGGGCGGUGAAUAGCCUUCGAGACUUCGUGGACGAUGACGAUGACGACGACCUGGAAAGAGUCAGCUGGAGCGGGGAACCUGUGGGAAGUAUCUCAUGGUCCAUCAAAGAGACUGCUGGUAAUAGUGUGUCAAACCAUGAGCGUGAACAGCUAAAGAGCCGAAACAGCUUCUCCUCCUAUACACCGCUCCCCAAACCUGCUUCUACCUACUCCCUGAGCAGCUUUUUCAGAGGAAGAACUAGACCUGGAAGUUUCCAGUCCCUCUCUGAUGCUCUGUCAGACACACCUGCCAAGAGCUAUGCUCCAGAGUUGGGGAGACCCAAGGGGGAGUAUAGGGAUUACAGCAAUGACUGGAGCCCCAGUGACACAGUGCGACGCCUCCGGAAGGGCAAGGUCUGCUCACUGGAAAGAUUCCGCUCCUUACAGGACAAGCUACAACUUCUGGAAGAAGCAGUCAGCAUGCAUGAUGGAAACGUCAUUACUGCAGUUCUGAUCUUCCUGAAGAGGACACUGAGCAAAGAGAUCCUCUUCCGAGAGCUGGAGGUGCGACAGGUUGCCCUGAGACAUCUCAUUCACUUCCUUAAGGAGAUAGGGGAUCAAAAGCUGCUCUUAGACCUCUUUAGGUUCCUAGAUAGGACAGAAGAGCUCGCGCUAUCCCAUUAUCGAGAACACUUGAACAUUCAGGACCCUGAGAAACGAAAAGAAUUUCUUAAGACCUGCAUUGGUUUGCCGUUUUCAGCAGAAGACUCUGCACACAUACAAGACCAUUACACGCUGCUGGAACGUCAGAUCAUCAUCGAGGCAAAUGAUCGUCAUCUGGAGUCAGCAGGACAGACGGAGAUCUUCCGGAAGCACCCCCGCAAAGCGUCCAUCCUCAACAUGCCGUUAGUGACGACGCUCUUCUACUCCUGCUUCUACCACUACACGGAGGCUGAGGGGACAUUCAGCAGUCCGGUCAACCUGAAGAAGACCUUUAAGAUCCCAGACAAACAGUAUGUGCUGACAGCCCUGGCUGCUCGCGCCAAGCUUCGGGCCUGGCAUGAUGUCGACGCCCUCUUCACCACAAAGAACUGGCUGGGCUACACCAAGAAGAGAGCACCCAUUGGCUUCCAUCGGGUUGUGGAAAUUUUGCACAAGAACAGCGCUCCUGUCCAGAUAUUACAGGAGUAUGUCAAUCUGGUGGAAGAUGUGGACACAAAGUUGAACUUAGCCACCAAGUUCAAGUGUCAUGAUGUCGUCAUUGAUACUUGCCGGGACCUGAAGGAUCGCCAGCAGUUGCUCGCGUACAGGAGCAAAGUGGAUAAAGGCUCUGCAGAGGAGGAGAAGAUUGAUGCCGUUCUCAACAGCUCGCAAAUUCGAUGGAAGAAUUAGGUUGCAUCAGCCCCCUUGAAACCUGCCUCAUUUCUUCCUUUCCUGCCUGUGAACGUGGAGAGCACUCUUCUGAGGGAGAGUUACAGCUUCAUGUCAUCUGGGCCCGCCAUCAGCACCCAGUGCCUGCUACUCUGGGGACUGAAACCUGGGCACCGACUGUGUCAGAUGAUCUUCUCUCCAGGAGCCAUCAUAUACGGGCCAGGAUCUAAAGCUCUGCCUUAUCAUGAGAGAGACUCUCCCCCUGGUGCUCACGUGAAGGUGGGAAUAACUUCCGGAUUGGGCCCAUAUUGGGCCACAUCCCUUUUGGUCUGAGGAACGUGACUGCUCCUGAAAAGAAGUCUCCUAGACUAAGAGGUACAGGUGUCAUAGGGUGGCCACUCCAUUCCCCUUAGUUAAUUAUGACCCUGGACUUGGUGCUGGACAUUGGCACUCCUGCUCAGAUCAGAACAGAAUCAGAUGGCUCUCGCUCUCCUAAGGGGCCUCAGGAAGUGCUGCCAGUGUUGCCAGGACCUGUUGGAGGCGCCCUCACGCCAGACUGUACAGAGUCCUCUGCAGCCUGGCAGACUGCCCACAAGACCUUGUGUUUGCUCAGCCGGCAUCCCUUGGCUCCCCAGUCUACCCUUUGUACAAAAUCCGGGUUCCCCUCUCACCUGUCCCCCGAGAUGGCCUUGUGUGAGAGGUAAGAACGUCCCUUUGCCUUCCCCUCUGCUUCCCUGACCCAGCCCAACCUGAUCUGCAGCGCUGCUUUAGUCGUGCUAGGGAGAGCUGUCCCUUUAUGCACAAAUCUCAUUAUUUCACUAGGAGCUUCCCCGAGUUUCACCAGGGCUGAGCUCAGCAGCAUUUCUGUUAGGCAUUUCAGAGGGAGGUUUUAGCUUCAUGGUUGGUUUUCAAGAGGAUAUCCUGCCCUGGGCCCAUAUUGGCCUUUCUUCUCUGUGACUGAGCUGGCCUUCCCAGACAUGCCUAGACUCCUAAUAAAGCUGUUUCUUGCCGGUG